AUGGUUCGUUGGUAUCCUCCUCCAAUGGAUACCUUUAAACUCAAUUUUGAUGGUUCUUGCAAAUCUUCCUCAGCAGCAGUUGGAGUCAUAAUCAGAGACAACAAUGGACAACCUCUUACGGCCUAUACCUACAAUCUGGGUCAUUCCCAAGCUUUUAUGGCUGAAGCUAGUGCUCUUCACAAAGGUAUCCAAGAAGCCAAGCGACUCAACAUCAGAAGACUUUACAUUGAAGGUGACAACCUCCUCAUUAUCAACUCAGAUAAAGGAAUCUGGUCUAUCCCUUGGAAACUUCACAACAUCAUCAACGAUAUUAAAAGACUCGUCCUCUCGUUCGACAUGUGGGACAUCAAGCAUAUUUUCAGAGAAGCUAAUAGAGCAGCUGAAUGGAUUGCCAAUGUUGGGCAUCUAAAUUCUCUAUAG